GCCUGAGCCGCCCGCGCGCCCGGCCGGGCCUCGAGAGGCGCCGUCCCGCGGGGCCCGCCGGCGAGGGGCAUCUGCCGCUGAGGUGGAGCCGCGGGCACCAGCGCCGCCGCUCCUGCCCCCUCCCUCCCCUCCCCUCCCCUCCCCCUCCCCCCCGGCCCCGUCUCCAGCGGGAGCGCGAGACGCUGGUCAGGCUCCGCGGCGCCGCUGGGGAGGAGCGCUCGCCCCGACCCUCCGAGACCCCGCCGAGGCCCGCGCCGCGGCCCCGCCGCCCCGGAGCUGCCCGCUGUGGUCUUCGCCGGCUCCAUUCUUCCUUUAAAAACCCGAAUCCAAACAGAACGCCGGCCAGCCAGCCCAGCCAGACUCCGGUGUGUUGAUCGCCUCCUGUUUUUCACCGCUUGCGGGAUUUGCAAACCGAGUUUCAUGCAUGUCCAGUGGGGGCAGGUUUAAUUUUGACGACGGAGGGUCCUACUGUGGAGGCUGGGAGGACGGCAAGGCGCACGGCCAUGGCGUCUGCACCGGCCCCAAGGGCCAAGGCGAAUACACCGGCUCGUGGAGCCACGGCUUCGAGGUGCUGGGCGUCUACACCUGGCCCAGCGGCAACACGUACCAGGGCACCUGGGCGCAGGGCAAGCGCCACGGCAUCGGCCUGGAGAGCAAGGGGAAGUGGGUGUACAAGGGCGAGUGGACGCACGGAUUUAAGGGGCGCUACGGGGUGCGGGAGUGCACGGGCAACGGCGCCAAGUACGAAGGGACCUGGAGCAACGGGCUGCAGGACGGAUAUGGGACCGAGACCUACUCUGAUGGAGGGACGUACCAGGGCCAGUGGGUCGGUGGCAUGCGACAGGGCUAUGGUGUGCGGCAGAGCGUCCCCUACGGCAUGGCCGCGGUCAUCCGCUCGCCCCUGAGGACAUCCAUCAACUCUCUGCGCAGCGAGCACACCAACGGCACGGCGCUGCACCCCGAUGCGUCCCCGGCGGUGGCCGGCAGCCCGGCCGUGUCCCGAGGGGGCUUCGUGCUGGUGGCCCACAGCGACUCGGAGGUCCUCAAGAGCAAGAAGAAGGGGCUGUUCCGGCGCUCGCUGCUCAGCGGGCUGAAGCUGCGCAAGUCAGAGUCCAAGAGCAGCCUGGCCAGCCAGCGCAGCAAGCAGAGCUCCUUCCGCAGCGAGGCCGGCAUGAGCACCGUCAGCUCCACUGCCAGCGACAUCCACUCCACCAUCAGCCUGGGCGAGGCCGAGGCCGAGCUGGCGGUCAUCGAGGACGACAUCGACGCCACCACCACCGAGACCUAUGUCGGCGAGUGGAAGAACGACAAGCGCUCGGGCUUCGGCGUGAGCCAGCGCUCGGAUGGGCUCAGGUACGAGGGCGAGUGGGCCGGCAACCGGCGGCACGGCUACGGCUGCCUGACCUUCCCCGACGGCACCAAGGAGGAGGGCAAGUUCAAGCAGAAUAUCCUCGUGAGCGGAAAGCGCAAGAACCUUAUCCCGCUGCGGGCCAGCAAGAUCCGUGAGAAGGUGGACCGGGCCGUGGAGGCCGCCGAGCGGGCCGCCACCAUUGCCAAGCAGAAGGCCGAGAUCGCGGCUUCCAGGACCUCCCACUCGCGGGCCAAGGCCGAGGCAGCCCUCACGGCAGCUCAGAAAGCCCAGGAGGAAGCUCGGAUCGCCAGGAUCACUGCCAAAGAGUUCUCACCUUCCUUCCAGCACCGGGAAAAUGGGCUGGAGUACCAGAGACCGCAGCAUCAGCUUUCCUGCGAGGACAUUGAGGUGCUCUCCACGGGGACACCCCUGCAGCAGGAGAGCCCCGAGCUGUACCGCAAAGGCACCACCCCUUCCGACCUGACUCCCGAUGACAGCCCCCUGCAGAGCUUCCCCGCCAGCCCCAUGGCCACCCCUCCGCCAGCCCCUGCCUCGAGGAACAAGGUGGCCCACUUCUCCCGGCAGGUGUCUGUGGAUGAGGAGCGAGGCGGGGACAUCCAGGUGCUCCGGGAGGGCCGGGGCGGGGACCACGCCCACAGCAGCUGGAGCGAGGCGCGGCCCGCGGGCGCCAGGGGUGUCCGCAGCGGUGCCCUGCGCAGUGGCCAGCCCGCAGAGGACUUCCGCUGCCGCGGCUCGGGCCACAAGCAGCCCGGGAACCCCAAGCCCCGGGAGCGGCGGACGGAGUCCUCGCCCCUGUUCUCCUGGACUUCCCAGCACCGGGCCGGCAGCCACAGCCCCGGGAGCGCCAAGCUGCUGGAGUUGGAGGAGAGGCACAGCAACUACACCGCGGAGAUGCAGCCGCUGCGCAGGAUGGACGCGCACGCGCAGGACGUGCACCCCCAGAAAAGACGCUACAGCAAGGGGGCCGCCGGCCGCGGUGCGGGGGAGGACCACCGCGCCGAGGACCGGGGCUUCGGGGUGCAGAGACUGAGGUCCAAGGCCCAGAACAAGGAGAACUUCAGGCCGGCCCUCUGCGCGGAGCCCACGGUGCAGAAACUGGACAGCCUGCGGCUGGGCGGCAGGGCUGAGCCCCGGCUGCUGCGCUGGGACCUGACCUUCUCCCCGCCUCGCAAGUCCCUACCUGUCGCCCUGGAGUCAGAUGAGGAAAACGGGGACGAGCUCAAGGCCAGUACGGGCUCGGCACCCAUCCUGGUCGUCAUGGUGAUCCUGCUGAACAUCGGAGUUGCCAUUCUGUUUAUUAACUUUUUCAUCUGAGGAGGGGGCUGCAACAGCAAGACUGCUGUGUACAAAGGGGCACAUCAACAGCAAACCGACAGAAAGGACAGCUCGUAACUCAGAUGGGCCAACAACUUCCAAGUCUCUUCGGAGAAGAACAAGAUUGGGUAUUACUCACAGUUUGCCUUUUUUUCUGGGUAACGUUUUUUGGAUUUCAGCCAAAAUUCUUUGCUUAACACUCUGCUGUGUGGCAUGGCAGGAGGAGGCCAGCACGCAGACCCCCAGCUCGACGGGAGGGGGGGAGAGGGGGGGUCCGGCAGAUCAACGGCAAGAAAGAAUAUCGUGUCACCAUCAUCACACUUCCCCAUGGGGGGUAGGAGGGCCCUCGGAAUGUGUACCCGGCCGUGCCCGGCAAGGGGGAGGCAGCUGCGGCUGGACCCUCACACAGAGGCCAAAAUCCUCUGCUGCUCCUGUCUGGAAUGGCCUGGUGACGGGGUGGGGAGGGUCCUACCCAGCAGGCAACCUGCCCUGCCUGAGGAAGAGACGCCUCCUCCUCUCUCCCCACCACACAGCACUGCCUGGCCUCCCUGGAGAAGCCGACACCCCCCCAAGUCUUAAGCUAAGUCCUUAUUUCUUCUGCCAUUUCCCCCACCAGACCCAGAGGGGUCAGAGGCCGACUAUGACCUGACGGGAUGGGGCCGUGUGCAGAGCGUGCAGGCAGACUCGUCCCUGGCAGUAAGGGCCCAGAGGACAUCUCCUCUGGCUGCCACUGACCUCAAGGGGUUCCCAUGUCUGUACCUGCUUGGUCCCCUAACAGACAUGCAUUCCCCUUUCAGAUGCUCUAUGCUGCCCCAGGGUGGGUCUGGGCCCUGGACAAGAAGCUGGCUGAAAAUUUCUGAGAAUCUGUAGCAUAUCCAACCUCCACCCCCCUGCAAAAUGUACAAUGUGACUUGUUUCAGUCAAACAAAAACAGGUUCCUCAUGUUUCUGCCUUCUUCACCAGGGUCGUCCCAUCACUCAAAAGUACAAAGUUUGCCAGGAUGUCCGAGUGCCCGAGGCCCCGGUCCUCGUGUGCAUGGACGUGUCGGGGGGACUCGGCACGCCCAUCACAGGACACCCUGUGCUUGUGCCGGGGGUGGGGGGUGUCCGUGACUCUCAUCCCGCUUUCUGGGUGCAGCCGUCUCAUGGACUCUGCCUUGCUUUGCUUACGUUUAGCUGUCCUCUGCUGCCUUUCGAGCAGAUUUCUUUACUACACUGCACUGGAUUGCUAUAUUUUUAACCAGAAAUAAACUAAAGAUUAGAGCAUGUUCCAGUUAAAUUCAGUUUUACUGUUUUCCGUUAUACGUUCACCCAGCCCUCCCACUCCCCGGUCCUUCUCACAGUCUGGUCUGGGGACAGAGGAGAGGGUCGAGUGGUGGGCACACAGCGCGUUCCUGAAUGUCGCUUUCUAAGGGGAUAUGACAUCUUUUUGUACAUCUUACUUUUCCGUUCCUCUUUUUUAAUAUCAAGUGGUUGCUGCAGCCCUGAAGUGAACCAAAUAAAGAUUCCUGCUCUUUGCAGCUCUAAGAAUCCGCUGUGCUGGGGCGUGUGCUUUGUACUUCUGUUUGCAGCUCUGUACGGGUUAGAGAGACAUGGAAGGGCCGAGUGCUGACACGGAUACACCAGACACACACGCAGCCCCACAGAACGCGAGUGUGGAGCAGAAGUGCGGGCGGUUUCGUGCCGGAGGAGCUUGUCUACUGCCAAUGAGACAACCCUGGGGGCAAGGCCAUCUCUCCAGUAAAUUCCGAGUGGGUUUAGUCAGGACAGAAGUACUGUGGGUUUGGGAGAGUCCAGGAAGCAAACCUCUCAUCUCCAGGGGAUUGAGGCUGCCUCUCAGGACCCUGCCAGCAGCUGACGCGGUCACCUUGCCAUCCCACCUGUCCAGAGCCCUUCCCUAAAAGGUACACAAGUUGGUCCUCUGGGACACAUGGCACUAAGCUCCAGGACGAGGACAGCGAGGUGCUGUGGUGGGACAGCACGAGUUGGCCCUUGUGCAGAGCAGCCUUACUGCCCUCCUGACAGCUGUUCCCACACCUUAGCUGUGCACUCUGGAAGCAGGGAGAAAGCAAGGGACCCCCAAGGGACAGGACAAAUCACUCGCCACCCAGGCCUGCCCCUCCUCACACCUAUCAACUGCACAUAGGCCCUCAGGUCUUGCGGAAUCUCUGUACUGGAAUCUGAUUCUCCAACGCCUGAACAUGUCUUCCCGUCCCCUCCUGGACACUAGUCUUCAGCAUACAGAUGGAGCCAGGCACUCGGUUACAAACCAAAAAAGUGAUGGUGAAAAACCCCAUGUGGCCGCAGAAACACAAUGGCUGUUCCUCAAGUCCUUUGCAGAGAGGGAGGAGCAGCCCCGGAGCCCAGCCUCAACUCACACGCACACGCUCUGCCCUGCGGCAGCUCCAGCAUGCAGGUGAUAGAUGACGACACCACAGCCACCCCCCUGACCCCCACAUGCACGAGACCCGGAGACCCAGAUCGCUGUGUGGCAGGACCAGUCCUCAUCAUGGGCAUCCACAGGCCACUCCAUGUGCUUCCCGCUCACCUUCCUGCGGGUUCCUGCUCACAAAGGGCUAUCGCUGAGUGCCAGAAAACUUCCCCACCUAAAGCGCAAGGGGGGACAGGACAGACGAAACAUUCCCCACACUUUCCUAGAAGGGGCUCUUACCCUUUGAAGACUUCCCAACAUCCUGAGUCAGCACCAGUAUCACUCAGGUCCCCACGUGGCCUCCUGCGCUGGUCAGACUCACACCUCCAACCUCUCUCAGGCAACUCUGACAGUCACGCAUUUCAUUUUCAUAUGUGCAGAAAACAUACACUCACCGUCAUGGGGUGAAGGGCCUUCUCUCUUCUAGACUAAGCCCAGCUCCUGGGACUGGCCCCAAGUCUGUCUUCCAACGCUUCUCACCUUUGAUCUCAAACGUAGCGUAAGGUGCCUGCUUCAGACUUCUGUCCCCACUGCUGCACCGUGUUACUCCUUUUCCUUCAACCCAUUGGCAGUGCAGGCACAGCUGGCUGGGCUUUUAUAAAGCAUCUCUAAUCAAGACUCCAGAUAAAGGGAACGAGAUUGGGCCCAAGCACCCAUGUCAGCUCAGGGGACACAGUCAGCAAAGCCAGAAGGUGGUCUGUGCUGAGGUGCUAAGUAGCGUCCCCAACCCAGCCUUACCAAAAAAAAGUGAAGUUGCCUUUGCCCUUCCCUGUGCGACACGGAAGGAAGGAAGGGGGCCCCAGUGCUUGGAGGGGCAGGACCCCUCCCUGAUGCCUGACGGGAAGGUUUGGUGCCCAGGAACAGGUGAAACCCUGAGAUAGUCAAAUGUUCUUCAAAACAUUAGCACCGUUUUCUGGAAUUUGAAAACCCAAAGGCGAAAUACUCAGGAUCUGAAGGGGACCACUGUGUCUUAUUCCAGCGAGUCCUGAACCUCAGAUACAAGCAGCCACACAGGG